GCAAGGACACCGUAUGUUAGCGACGUGUUGGAUUUGUUUUGUCUUUUCCGGCGCAGUUGCAUGUACUUUUUUCGUGGUCUUUUUAAAGCAAUAACAGAAUCACCGAGGAGCAGCCCAGCGCUCCACCAAUGUCUUUCAGAGGUUUUAAAGGUUGCACUGUGCUGAUUUGAACACAUAACCUGCACCAUGGGGAAGAGAUAUUACUGUGACUACUGUGACCGGUCCUUUCAGGACAACAUGCAUAAUAGGAAAAAACAUCUGAAUGGAGUCCAGCAUCACAGAGCUAAAAAGGCCUGGUUUGACCAUUUUAGAGACUCCGCAGCCAUUCUGUAUGAUGAGCAAACAAAGAAACCCUGUAGGAAGUUUCUCCAAAAAGGAAUUUGUGAUUUCGGCCCAAACUGCAGGUUUUCUCACAUGUCCGAAGAGGAGCUGUUUAACUUAAAAAGACAGGUGGAAGAUGAAAGACAGCAGAGGGAGGACUCUCGGGACAGAAUUAUGCCUGGGCGAAGUGUAGAAGAAUGGCUCUCUAGAAGGGAAAAGAAACGAAAUGCCAUCAGUAGCACAGGAGGUCUGAAAAACAAGGAAGACAGUGAAGAGGGCCAAACAGAAAGUCACAUACUUCAACAGCUUCUUUCCAUUCCUGACCUUCCACCAUCACUUCUACCUCCUCCUCCAGGCGGAUGGAAAGUCAAAGUGAACACUGAAUGGGGUUGAGAGAUAAUUACUUUGGGGUUCAAAUUACUGUUAAAUGGAUAUGUGACAUUAACAGAAGGGAGAAUGAUACAGAUAAAGUUGUUAAGGAAAAGAUGGUGUCAGGUGCAUAUUUGAAGGUUUGAAAUUAAGUUUUCAGUUGAUACCAAAAAGCUGUUUGUUGCCAUCUUAUUUUGAAAACUGGAAUAAAGUACUUUAUCAUGUCCUCUUUUUGUAUAAGUAUAAUUAUAAGUUUUUUAAGUAUAAGUAAUGUAUUUUUUAUUUAGAACUGAUUAAUUUCUUACAUUUUAUUUAAGAUGUCAAGUUUAAGCAGCCAAUUGAAAAAUGAGUAAAAGUUUGUAUUUACAUUAAAAAAAAAGUUUUAAACAAAAUCUAAGACUAGCAGUUUAUACUGGCAGUAAUCCUCAUAAUUGACAUCUUGACGAUGUCAGUGUGACUGUGUGUUGCUGAUGGCUACACCAUUAGCAGCAGAGUCCUUUACAUUGAAAUUCCUAUCAGGGGUUACAUUAGAUGUCGCGUAGUCCCGAAAGGAGUGUGGGAUUGCUGAUCAAAUGGAGAUCAUUUUUUGUUUUAUUUUAAUCCUGCGCUGCGUCACUGGGGGAAUCUCACGACUUCAUUUUAUUUCUAACCCAGCCACUGGAAAACUCCAUUUUACUUCCUAAAUAGUAAAGUUUGUUAAUACAUUUAUGUCAGCGAGCCUCAUGCAGAUCCAUUGGAUUUAUGACUAAUGUAUUUAUAUUUGUCACUGGCCUUUUAAAGACAUCAGAUUAUUCCUCUUAACUGAGGUUAUGCUGAGAUGUAUAUACUUUGAACUGUUUCCACAUCCGUUGUAUACACAAUAUAAUGUUUACAGCAGAAUCCUCAUUAAAGUGCUCGAUUUGUUUAUGUC